CCAGCCGCAAGCUUCGUCGUCAAGCUCUCUCAUCCUUCGCGCUCAAACUCAAUCUCGACCGCCGGCGAAAAAACCCAGAGAAGAUCUCCGCCGUUCGACCAUGGCCGGAAGAGGGAAGGCGCUGAGUGGCUCCGCCGCGGCGAAGAAGCCGAGCUCCUCCCGCAGCUCGAAGGCCGGCCUCCAGUUCCCCGUCGGCCGCGUCGGCCGCUUCCUCAGGACCGGCAAGUACGCCGACCGCCUCGGCGCCGGCCCCGUCUACCUCGCCGCCGUGCUCGAGUACCUCGCCGCCGAGGUUCUGGAGCUGGCCGGGAACGCGGCGAGGGACAACAAGAAGACGCGCGUCGUGCCGCGGCACAUCCAGCUGGCGGUGCGCAACGACGAGGAGCUCGGGCGGCUGCUCGGCGCCGUCACCAUCGCCAACGGCGGCGUCAUGCCCAACAUCCACAACACCCUGCUGCCCAAGAAGGCCGCCGCCGCCGGCGGUGCCCGGGCUCCGCCGCCGCCGCCGACGACGCCUGAGCGGCCCGACCGAACCCCUUUUCUUCUUCUUCUUCUUUUUCUUCUUUUCAUGUUCAGCGUAGGAAGAAUAGAGAUUGUGGGUAGGAACGAUAAGGAAAAUGGGGAAGUGGGUUUUGAUGUAUCAAGCGAUUAGGCAUGUAAAUUGAAAUGGGAUUGAACUUUGUCGUCGUUCUUGUUCCGACGAAAGCCGAAAUCAA